AUGCCGCUGCCAUCGAACAUGCCUAAGCCACUGAAGUCGUUCACCCCCCCGCCGCCAAGUGCCCCCAAGCCACCGGUGACUCUCGUAGCUAGGCCGCUAAGCACGCCCAAGCCCCGGUCACCCACCACGCCCAAGCCCCGGCAACCAAGCACGCCUAACCUGCUCAAGACGCCAGCACCCCGGCCGCCGAGCACCCCCAUGUCGAUAAGGAUGUUCAUUCCAACCCCCACGCCUAAGCUGAAGACGUCUGCGCCCCUGCCGGUAAGCACGGUAAAGCCACCGGUGACUCUCACACCCCGGAUGCCAAGCUGCCCCAAGCCGGCGUCGGAGCCCAUCUCCUGCACAGGGCUGAAGCCGCUAUUGAUCCCCAAGGGUACCAGCUCUGUGGCCCCGGCCGGUUCUUCUCGCCUGCCCUCCUAUGACAAAGCACCAAGACCACCUUUGACGGCUCGCCGUACCCCUCUCGGCAAAGCCCCACCGGCGAAGAAGCCAAGGCCUCCGCCAUGCCCUCGACUCCCGUCCAAGACUCACCUGAGCCGACCCGACAGCAUUGCUGCGUCUGCGUUGACGAAGACUGGCGGUGCUCAAGACUCGGCCGAUGCAAGGGGCAGUGCAGCGGCGGCAGCGGUCAAAUGGCUAUCAAGGCGACGGUGGAUGCAUGCAUGGAACCUAACGGUGGUGCUGAUUCGGCGCGAGGCGGUGGUGUCGACGGCGAGGCCUUGGACAGAAGGGAGUCCGGGAUAUUGGCACAUGAUGGUCGCGACAACAGGAAGCGGUCCCGUGACGAAUCAACGGAGGACACCAACGCAACUGGGGCAAGAGGCCUAA